GUCUCUUAAAGAGGAGAAACGCAUUGCCGUCAGGCAAAUGGAGGAAUCACAGUCGACUGCUGCUGCGUCCACAACGAUCCUGGAGGGGGCAACCCCAAUGGGAAGCGUAGGGGACCUCACGCUGUACGAAGGCAUCGUGAGGAAACAAAGCGGUGACGUUGCGUGGAAACGUCGGUACCUGUGCAUACGCGGGACACUUGAGGAGGGUGAGCGUCUCGAUGCAGGGAGGAUGCCGAGGUUCAAGAGCCUGGACCUCGUCCUGGCUGUAUCGAAGGAGACGAUGCGGCAACAGUGCAUUGCGACGCCGUUUUCCGAGCUGGAGGAUGUGUUCCCUGUCCCGAGCAAGUACACGGGGUCGAAUGCGCGGCACGUGUUUGCUGUGGCCUUCAAGACAGGAAAGCGUCUUCUCUUUCAGGCACGUGGUGAUCCUGAGCGGGAUGAGUGGAUGCAAAAGAUCCAGGAGGCUCUCGGAAUUGAUGACGACUAG